GAACUCAUGGUAUUGCUUUUGAAGGAUCUAGAAGAGAAAAAAGAGCAAGAAGCUGGUAACAGAAGAAGGGUAGAGCAGGCUGCUAAUGAUCUGAAGGCACAUUCCAUUAUGAGCAAAAGGCAGCUGUCAGACAGAGUUACUCAGCUCCAGUUACUACUUAGGGAAGAGGAAAGUCUGGCAAAAAACUUCAUUGAUGAAAAGACCCAGCAAGCCUUGGAAGCACAUGAUCAGCAGUUGGAAUCCUGUCGAGAAAAGCUUGCAGCCCUGGAGACCUUCUCACAUCAAAUCAAACAAAUACAACAACACAGUGAUCCAGUUCAGUUACUGGAGAAGUACACAGAAAUCAAGAAGGAAAUGCAGGAGCCCAGGCACCUGUUAGAACAAUGGCAUCCAAUACCUCUCUCGUUUGAGCACAUACUUAACCAUUAUAAGCACUUUGUGACAGUUCUUCAGUCCAUUCUACAGAAACCGCUAGAAGCCCGGCUUAAAGAAGAUGUUUUCAGUAGCCUUAAUGCCACUGCAAAGAAAGAACCUGGAACAUUGUUGAAAACCCAGUCUUCUGUUGAUCGGUUGCUUUUCCUAAAACAUGCAAGAUCACCAACCUGGGAAUAUGACACGCUUCACCCAAGGCUAAAACUGUCUGAUGACCGUCUUGCAGUAAGCUGUAACUGGAGGAGGAUAUUUUACCCUUGUGGUCCCCAGCGAUUUGAUAAGUUAUGGCAAGUGCUAAGCAGAGAUGCAUUCCUCUCUGGCAGCCAUUACUGGGAAGUUGACCUGCUUCAUGCUGGAGCAGGAUGGUGGAUUGGUGCAGCCUACCCUUCCAUUGGCAGGAAAGGAGACUCUGAAACCUGUCGACUCGGCUGGAAUAGAGCAUCUUGGUGCCUUAAGAAGUUUGAUGUUGAAUACUGGGCAUUUCACAAGGGAGAGAGAAUCCCCAUCAUAAUAGAAGAUGAUCCUGAUCGCAUUGGCAUUUUUCUGGAUUAUGAAGCAGGAAUCCUUUCAUUCUACAAUGUUACUGAUGGCAUGGCUCAUUUACACACCUUCAACUGCAAGUUCACAGAACCAGUUUACCCAGCCUUGAGGCUCUGGGAAGGGUCCAUUGCAAUAUGCAAACUAACAUAAAGAAUGAAGCAAAACAAAGCUUGCUAUUUCAUGCUUUUUCUAUGAAAACCACCUUAGCAAUGAUAUAUAUGAAUUAAUCUCUGUCAUACAAAAGCUGUAACUGUGAUACUUUUAGAAGGUAACAAUUCAAGAAAACUGACUGUAAUUUUUUAAUGUAUUUAAAUGUAUAUGCAUUUUUCAG